UUAAGUCAGAGGUCUAGAUAACGAAAAAGAAAAACGUACAAGAAUUUAAAACUAUGUCAUAAAAAAUAUAAAAAUAAGUGUAAAUUUACAGAAAAUCUAAAAAUAAAAAUAAAAAGAAUAUCGAAAAAUUGUAAUAAUACAUUUUUUGGUUUAAUUGCAAUAUCAAGUUAUCAACUAUGUACAAAGAUUACAUCUUUUGAAAAAACAUUCAGUGCAAACGCUUAAACUAUUGCACAUUAGUUCUUGUAAAUUGCAUUAAAAAAAAAAUUCAACGAUUAUUAUUUAUGAAGAACUAAUUUCUUGUUCUUAGAAGUCGUUCAACUUUGAUCUAUAUUUAUAUAAGUCUUCAAACCACUUCUUAAAUCACUACAAUUAAGAAUGAAAUUUCAAAUUAAAAUUCUUGUUUGCAUUUCAAUAACAAGUAUAAGAAGUACUGAAAUAGGAAAAUUUAAUAAAAAAUGGAAUGUAGAGUUUGUUGAAAUUCCAGAAAAAUUUGCGAAAAUGUUUUUAAUAAUUGGAAAUUUAGAAGAGCCAAUUAAAGAUAACGAUAAUAUUAACUAUGAAUUAAUUCCACGAGAUGAAAAUAAAACAACUUUAAACAAUGAAAAGAGUAAAAAUAAAACUGAGACUAAUGUUGUAAGAAAAGUAAAUUUUCAAUUACAAAAAAGUAAACCAACUGAUAAUGAAAAUAAAUCGAUAAAUCACAUUAAUAUUAAUAUUAUAAAUGAUACAAGCAAUAUCAUCAAUAUUGUACAAAUCCUUACAAUGAAUAAAACGAUCAAGAAAAAUAUCCUUAAUCCACAUUUGGGCAAAGAAAAAUCAUAUUUUGUGUACAAAAAAACUUUAAAAGAAACUUGAAAAUUAUCUGGAUUUUGUUAUUUAAUAUAAAGAAUAGAAUUAUGGUAGUUCACAAUUAAGAUUUUGAACAAAAAAAAUAUAUAUAUAUUAUAAUAACGAAAUACA